CGGGACGAGGCCAAGUCAUGUAAACCGAACCAAAAUAGAAGACUGAAACAACAUUUCUGCGUUGUGAUCAUAGAUUAGUUUACUGAACCAUCUAUUUUUCUCAAACCCGCAACUGCGGAGAAAAGACAAUCUCAGGGUCUCAAAUCAUAUGGCAAGAUGCCAGAUAUCGGGGACUGGUUUAAAAACAUCCCUUUUGUCACUCGUUACUGGUUUGCUGGCGCUAUCGCUGUUCCGUUAAUAGGAAAGCUGGGAUUGAUCAAUCCUAUGUAUCUUGUUUUAUGGCCGGAGGCAUUCUUUCAUAAAUUCCAGAUAUGGAGACCGAUAUCAGCAACGUUGUAUUUUCCUGUUGGCCCAGGGACAGGAUUUCUCUACUUGGUUAAUUUGUAUUUCCUCUACCAGUAUUCCACUAGGCUUGAAACAGGAGCUUUUGAUGGAAGACCAGCAGACUAUAUUUUCAUGCUUCUGUUUAACUGGAUUUGCAUUGUUAUAACAGGCCUAAUGAUGGAUAUGCAGCUCCUAAUGAUCCCUUUGAUCAUGUCUGUUCUUUACAUCUGGGCUCAGCUAAAUCGAGACAUGAUUGUAUCUUUCUGGUUUGGUACCAGAUUCAAGGCUUGUUAUCUCCCUUGGGUCAUUUUGGGAUUCAACUAUAUAAUCGGUGGCUCUGUUGUCAAUGAGCUGAUUGGGAACCUAGUUGGCCACCUGUACUAUUUUCUGAAGUUCAAAUACCCUAUGGACCUGGGUGGCAGGUCCUUCCUCUCCACCCCUCAGUUCCUGUACCAGAUGUUCCCCAAUCGACAAGGUGGGGUGUCUGGAUUUGGUGUUCCCCCAAGCAGGAGACCUGUGCCCCAGGAGCAGGCAGGUGGUGGUGUUGGACGCCAUAACUGGGGUCAAGGCUUUCGGCUGGGGGAUGACUGAAGCCUUU